CGGAAAGAAAAUAAGAUUAACGGGGUGCCGCGUUUAUUAACAAAUUGGAAAAAAGUAUAAGACCAGAAUUAACAGUCAAUUAAUGUCAAGACCUUUGGACUUUUGGGGGAAAGCAAAUACUGAAGGCAUGAGAUCUAUGGGUUUAAAGUCGCUUAUUGUUGUUUUAUUUGGCAUGGUUUCCCAGAUAGCUGCUCAAAAUGGAAUGGUCAUGUCUGUGUACACGGUAACGUCAAAAAGUGUGUCGGUCCAGUGGAAUAAGGUCCCUGGAGCCAGUUCAUACAAGGUGAAGGCUACCCCGAAAGGUUCCCUGGAAUCGUCGUCUUACUCACAGUUUGGCGGAAACUUUGUGGUGGGCUCCGUCAACUCCCUCAAGCCAAACACCAUCUACAUAGUGGAGGUCGAGGCUGUCGACGGCACUUCUAAUCUCCUGGGCCGAGCUACGAUCGAACAGAUCACAGCCCCGGAUGUGCCUGGCAUUUCCAAGGCCUACUCAAAGCUCAGCAACAGCAUUACAGUGGAAUUCAAUGCAGUCCAAGGGGCCAGCUCUUACAUUCUUCGGGCUGAGUCGGAAUCAGCCAAUUUCUUCUCCGAGACCCAGGUGUCAAGUUCCCCAGGGACUGUGCUCAACCUUCAACCCUGCACUGAAUACAUGCUCAGUGUUAUAUCCGUCAACAGCGGCGGAAGAAGCCAGCCGUCUCUGCCCCAGAAAGCAAAGACAGUGGUGGCAGCACCACAGCUUAUUGCAGCCUCACCCAACAGCAGCACCAUCCAGCUGUACUGGGCUCCAGUGACGAAGGCAGUGUUCUAUGCACUGGACAUCAUCAUGGAGGGCUCCGGCAUCCGUAUCAGGCUCAACACCACCAAGCUAUCCGUGACCAUACCCAAUCUGCAGGCUGGCACCACCUACUGCACCAAAGGAAAUGCCUUUGAUGUGGACAACAUCCCUGGCGAUGACAUCACCGUUUGCCAAAUCACUCGUCCCUCUCCCCCACUGAUUUCGCAGAUCAAGCCGAGCUCAUGUAGCCCCCAGGGGUUAGUGGUGAAUUUCGAGAAUGUGCAGGGAGCAGACCGCUACCUAGGUCUGAGCUCCACUGGCAACAACUGCACCUCCACUGGCAGCCAGUGCAUCUUAAGCCCAGUCAGCUGUGGUCAGAACCAAUCCAUCACCAUCACAGCUAUAAACCAGGCUGGCCCCAGCAGCCCCUCGAAGUCCAUGAACUUCAUCACGUUCCCCUGCUCUCCACAGACUCUCUGGGUGGAGGAGUCGGUCCCGGGCAGCUGCACGCUACACUGGGGCGCAGUGACCUGGGUGGAAUACUACAUGGCCUUCAUCAAGAGGGACGAUGGAACCGAGGAGUUCUGCAAUACCACCAGAACCACAUGCAGCUAUACCUGCCAGUGCAGCUUCACUUACUUCAUGAACGUCUUUGCUUACAACCGAGCUGGUCCUAGUCCCCCAGGCCAGGUGCUCAACUACACAACCUUUCCCUGCUGCCCCAAGAAUGUGUCCGUAUCACUGGUUUCCCCCGAAACCCUGGCGAUCACGUGGGCACCCGUCCGUGGGGCUGAGGUGUACGAGACCAGGGCCGUCGGCAGUUCAGACCUUAUUCUAUGCAAUGACACGUCACCAGUGUGUGCACUGUCGGACCUCAGGUGCAACACCAAGUACAGCAUUGUGGUCUGUCCAUGUAGCGAACGUGGCUGUAACAACAACUGCAGUGCAACAACUAAGGAGACAGCUCCCUGCCAACCCAUAAUCACAAGAAUCCAGCAGCUUGACCCAUUCUUGGUGAGUGUGUCUUGGACAGCCAGUAACACGGGCGCCAUGUACACGGCUAAUCUGUUGGAAAAGAGAGGGUCUCAUACGUGCAGCUCCACGGGGACAUUCUGUGAAGUCACCAACUUGCCCUGUGGCACCAUGUUUGACGUCAGUGUCAUUGCAAGUACUUCAGCGGGGUCCAGUUUUCCCAGUUUCACAGUGCCCCUGGAGACAGUUCCCUGCUGCCCGGAAAGUUUCACUGUGACGCAGGUGACUCAGGCCAUGACAAAUGUCACCUGGUCACCAGCCACUGGCGCGAAGACUUACAUCACCACGCUGACCUCGCCCCGUGGAAAUGCCAAGUGCCACACACUGAGUACCAGCUGCCUGAUGGGAUGUAUCACCUGUGGCACUAACUACACUGUUUCCAUGGAGAUCCUCAGUAGCACGGGGCACAAAUCGUUGUGUACCUAUCACGGUUUCUCUUCCACCACCUGCUGCCCCUGGAGUGUCAAGCUCUACCGGAUGACCAAUAACAUCAUCAGGGUGUUCUGGCACUCCUCCAGCUCCCAGAGCACGUACAUAGCUGACCUGUACGGCAGCGUCUCCAACUACACCUGUACCCCUCAGGCCGGCGCUAACUUCUGCGAUGUGUCUGAGAUCAUGUGUGGUGACGUUUACACAGUGGUCGUGGCCCCUCUGUCACAAGGAUCCAAGAUCAAAUUUUGCUCCCAAAGGAUGUAUUCAGUAUCCUGUUCUGGAAGUAAUGUAGGAAUGGUAAUUUAUCGUGGGAAGAGAAGUUUGGAUUAGCAUAUGAAUGUAAAGGAACUGCAAACAGGUCAUCCAGAUAGCAUCAAACUGAGAAGCAGCCAUUCAUCCCCCUCCUGUCUGUUUUGCUUCUUUCUCUCAAUUUUGCAAUAUUGCUUAAAGCUUCCCCCAAAAACUUCCUUUUAUACUUCACCUUACCAUGCGAUAUACAACUACUUCUGCACCAUAUAAUAAUAAUUAAGACCUUGUGACCAGAAACACAAGACAGCCAUACUUGUGAAAAGUGAUUUUUGGGACUGUGCAUUUCUCUCAUAGUGAUGCAAUUUUAGUUUGCAAACAAUUGAUAAUAAAGUGGAUAUACAUAAAAAAAACUCUUUUCCUCAUUUUGGAGUUUUGUAAUAAUCAAAAACCAGUCUGUCCCCCAGCAGUAAGCCACAUAACAAAAUGUGACAAAAAAGACAACAUAUUCAGAACUAAAGACUGACUUUUCAUUAGGAUGAUAAUAAAGAAUUUAACAAAUACAAUGUUUUACAUUUCCUGUUCUUUUAAUAAAACACAUCCCUUGCAUAA